UGGGCGCAGACUGUGCCGACUGCAGUGGAUGAGCUCGGGGAACUCUCUUGUCCGUGUGCCACGCCGCUUUAGGAGCAGAUGCCAUGCCACUGCUAAGCUGCUUUUCAGUGCGUAUAAGAAAGUGAAGAGGCUCAAUCAAGGCACACAGUCUUAAUGAUUUAGUAUAGUAUAGUCUCUGCUCAUUCAACAGAAGGAAUCUGUCCCGAAUGGUAUCGAGUGCACUGUCAGUGCUACACACAGAAAUGGGGCGGUUGACGAUCAUUUCCUUUCUUGUCCUAGUGACUUUAACUGCCAAAGCCCACAGUAAUUUGAUCCCAGAAAUCACCACAGAUGAUCUCAUUCGUGUUCGUGAGGACACCCCUGUAGGUCAUCGUGCAUUUAUGAUUAAUGCAACGGAUCCUGAAGGGGUACCACUGAGAUACAGUUUUAAAUCUGUGUCAGCCCUUUUCCAGCCUAACCCGACGACAGGAGAGGUAACAGUCAAGUCUCCACUGGACAGAGAGGGGCAGGAAGUACACACGUUAAUGCUAGUAGUCAGUGAUGGUGUAUACACAGAUGUGCAAAAAACAGUUACUGUAGUAUUAGAAGAUGGUAAUGACAACCAGCCUGUAUUCCAAGGGACACCAUAUAAUGCCAAAAUUCCAGAGAAUGCAGCCCUAGGGACCACUGUUUUAAGAGUGUCCGCAAAAGAUGCUGAUUCAGGAACUUCUGGAUAUGUGGGCUAUUAUAUGUCUGGGGUCACACCAAGUGAUGGAGCAGGUCUCUUUGAAAUUGGGGAAAGAACUGGGGCUAUCACACUGAUGGGAGGACUGAGCUUCACAGAGAAAAGCACUUUCUAUCAGUUAGAUGUCACCGCAAAGGAUGGUGGUGGGAUACUUGAAGGACAGCAAGUUAUUCAGUCAAGCUCAGUCUUCAUCUUUGUUAAUGUGGAGGAUGUCCCAGAUAUAGACCCUCUGUUCGUGAAUCUCCCCAGCACUGCCACUGUGGAGGAAGGAACUCCUUCGGGUACAUCUGUCUUUAAAGUGCGAGCCAGAGACCCCGACACAGGCAUCAACUCACCGAUAAAGUACAGCAUUGCAAGCGCCUCUGCAACUGGCCUGUUCCAAAUCGAUGAGGAUAGUGGCGUCAUAUCUGUCCAAGCACCAUUUGAUCGGGAGCAGUAUUUGGAAUCAGAUGGAGUCAUCACUCUAGAAAUAAAGGCAGAGGAGUCCACACCGAAUGUGCAUGAUGUCAAUGCAUUUGCAACCAGUGAAAUUCAGAUCACCAUCAGGGACGUAAACGACAAUAAACCAGAGUUUUACGAUUGCACUGAGGCCUGUGUUAUUCAGAACACGUUCAGUGGGAAUAUAGAUGAGCAUUCAGCUGUUGGACUCUCUGUGUUGGGCCUGAGCAUGAAGGUGAUAGAUGGGGAUAAGGGUGAAAACAGCACAUUCACCCUGAGUAUUGAGGGCCCAGGCAAGGAUGCCUUCUCUGUCUCCCCAAGCCGUGCCGUGUCAAAUACUAUAGUGCAAAUUCUGAUGAAGACCCCUGCAGACGUCGACUUCGAGAAGGGUGCCUUUAUGACAGUGAAGUUGAUUGCUGUGGACACCAAAAAAGAGGAGUUCAAAUCUACCGCCACUGUCACCAUUACAAUCAAUGACAUCAAUGACAACAGUCCCAAAUUCAAACAGGAGACCUACAACUUAGAAAUUGAGGAGCACAGUCCAGCAGGAACAGAGAUAGCAACCAUCACAGCCACUGAUCCAGAUACAGAAGAUGUUGGAAACAUUGUCUACAAACUGCUUCCAGAGAGCAUGUUGGAGUUCUUCAACGUCGACCCAGACACUGGAAGAAUCACAGUUGAAAACGGUGACCUUCUGGACAGAGAGGGCCGCAGUUUUUACUCUGCCAAUCUGCAGGCAAAAGACAAGGCCAACAACACUGGCACUGCCAUCCUGGAGAUCACACUCCUGGACAAGAAUGACAACGCACCAAAAAUGAUCAGAGAGUCGUACAUUGCUUUUGUCAACGAGGGUCCUGGUGUUAACCUUAAACUUCAAAUCCAGGCUAUUGAUGAUGAUCAACCUGGCACAGACAACAGCAAGAUCGAGUAUCAAAUUGUCGAAAGUGAAUUUAGUCACGAUUUCACAAUUAACAAGGAUACUGGUAUUUUAAAAAUGACAGACGCCCUGGACAGGGAGGCUCUGGACCCUGCAUUAAAUGGAGUGAUUGAGCUGAAUGUGACUGCUUAUGACAAAGGAAUACCACCCCUUGGAACCUCGGUCAUAGUGGAAAUCAAUGUUGGGGACAUCAAUGACAACAGCCCCCUCUUCCAGAAAAAAGAGUAUAACUUUGAAGUGAAAGAAAGUGAGAAAGGUGCUUUCAUCAACUCUGUGUUGGCCAAAGACAAGGACCAGACCGAGAUGAACAACCGGAUCUCGUUCAGCAUCACCGGAGGCAGUUCCGGGACCUUCUCGGUCCGUAGCGUCCCAGCGCCAAACAACACAGGCUACUGGGGGAACAUCAGCGUGGACCAGGACAUCGAGCUAGAUUAUGAAACCCGCAAGACUUACACCUUCAAAGUGCAGGCUCUGGACUUGGACAGGAAAGAAGACUCAGCCACCGUGAUUUUGAAAGUUUUGGAUGUCAAUGACGAGACGCCCAGCUUAAAAACGGGCCUAGUAAUAGAAACGAAAGAGAACAACACCGUAGACGGAGGUGUGAUUGGUAAGAUUGUGGGUGACGAUAAAGACACCGUGCACCAGCUUGAAUAUGAACUUCUCCGCACCGAGUGUCCAUGCAAUGAGUCUGGAGUUUGCCAGGAGGAGUGGUUCCUGGUGGAGCCUUCAGGGAACGUGAAGAUCAACCCAGAGUAUGUGGUUGACUAUGAAAGUUGCCACGAGGUGAUCCUGCACGUGCAAGUGACUGACACUUUAACAGAGCUUGGCAAGAAUAGCAGUGAGGGGACAAUUACUGUCCGAAUCGAAGAUAUAAAUGACCACGUCCCAGAGUUCAUCCAGACACAACCCAACUUUGUUGUUGCCGAAAGCACAGACAGAGAUACAUCUGUGGCCAGCGUGUCUGCAACAGACCGGGACUCAGGGGAGAACGCCAUCAUAACGUUCGAAGUGCUGGCAGUGAGGUUCGUCAACAACAAUAACGAGACUGAGGACCUUAACAAAAUCUUCAAGGUGGACCAGCCACCAACACCUUCAGACAACACUGGAAUAAUACGAUCUCUUCAGAGUCUGGACGCCAGCAAGAAGGGGAGAUAUGUGAUCACGGUUGAGGUGAAGGACAAAGGAGGACUGAGUUCAACUUCAGAAGUUGUGAUCUUCACCGUCGACCAGACUUUCAAAGUGUCCCUGGAGUUCCGAUCUACUGCAGAAGAUUUUGCUAAUAACCAGGCAAAUAUUAAAUGGGCGCUUGAGUCAUCCACUGGAACAACAGUUCAUAUUGUCAAGGUCUCUGGACAAACAGAACAGAGGGCUGCUGCCUUAACUAUUGUGGAGGCUUAUUUCAUCUUUCCUGAUGGCACUGCCCUGCAACAUGACACUGUUUUAAACAUGGUGAAUGGCAACGGAAACACAGAGUACCGGGAUGUUCUAUUAGGGCAGGGGCUCUCAGGAGUGAAUGCUGGCUCUGAGGACAAUCAAGGAGAAGGCAACAUAGAGAUGUUCCUCCUGCUUGGAGUGGUGGGAGGCCUGGUGAUCGUGCUGAUUGUCAUGUCGACUUUACUGGUGUUCAUGAGGCGGAACUAUCAGAGGAAGCUCAAAGCAGCCAAGGCCAUGAACUCCGCAACGAUGUCCAUAUCGGAAAACCAGAAAUCUGGCCCAGUCGUUCCCGGCACCAACAAGUAUACAAUGGAAGGGGCGAACCCGGUGCUCAACCUCAACAUCGAAACGACCACAGAUCUGGGCUUCGACGAGGAGGACUCCAACAAUGACAGAUCCAGCCAUCAAAUCAAUUGUCUAUACUGCCUUAAUUCCCUGGACUACAACAUUGACAUGAACAUGAGUGAGAAAGACACUAUGCCAAUGAUGGUAAUCGAGGAGGAAGAUGAAGAGAACGGCCAAAACUAUUACGAGCCGCUGGGAGCAGCACUCGCUCAAAGAGGCAAGAGGAAGGGUGGAGAAGACACCCCGUCCCUGACCUUCGACAACCCUGCUCUCAGCACCACAGACCUGUGAAGCUCUGACUGACUGACACCACACGGGCACACAUGCCAACUUCAACUCAUACCACCUGGAGUGCCCGCCAAGCCCCCCCAAAACAAAACAAAACA